UAAUUCGUAAGAAAAAACCUCCCUAUUCAUUAUCCAUGUCUUGGUGCUGUUACCUUGUCAUGAACUUAUUCAACUCGUUCCAGGGACUCGAAACCGGAAAUCGUUUUGCGUUACACCGGGAUAACGCUACAACUCAUGAGCCUCUCUUAUCUUACUAGCGCUGCGGUGUCCCGUUCAGAGCCGGAGAUAGGGCGAAGUUUGCUCUCUGCAUUGCAGCCUGAGCGCUGCUGGAAGCAAACACAACAAUGGCGACUCCCUGUCCCAACAGCAACUCAACAAGCCCCAGCAGCACAGCAGGACCACAACACUUUCACACCAAGACACACAACCUGACCACAGUGAGCAGUAGCAUGCAAGAUUCCACCACAUGCUGGAGAUGUCAAAAUGAAACAGGGAUUCAGAUAAGCCUGUCUGGAGUGCCCCAAAGUAAACGUAAAGCCCUGAAGCUCAACUUCGCCAACCCGCCCGUGAAGCCUGCCACCCGGCUUCCCCUUCACCCCCCGGCGGCGCCGUCCUUCCAGAACCCCCACAUAGAGCGCCUGCGGACGCACAGCAUCGAGUCGUCGGGCAAGCUGAAGAUCGCCGGGGAGCAGCACUGCGACUUCACGGCGGAGGACCUCGGGGACCUGGGGGAGAUUGGCCGCGGGGCCUACGGCUCCGUCAACAAGAUGGUGCACAAGCCCACCGGGCAGAUCAUGGCCGUCAAGAGGAUCCGCUCCACGGUGGACGAGAAGGAACAGAAACAGCUGCUGAUGGACCUGGACGUGGUGAUGAGGAGCAGUGACUGUGUCUACAUCGUCCAGUUCUACGGGGCGCUCUUCCGGGAGGGAGACUGUUGGAUAUGCAUGGAGCUUAUGUCUACCUCAUUCGACAAAUUCUACAAAUAUGUAUAUUGUGCUUUAGAGGACGUCAUUCCGGAGGAAAUCCUAGGCAAAAUCACAUUAGCAACCGUUAAAGCACUGAACCACUUAAAAGAAUACUUGAAAAUAAUCCACAGAGACAUCAAGCCCUCCAACAUCCUCAUGGACCGUGGGGGGAACAUUAAGCUGUGCGACUUUGGCAUCAGCGGGCAGCUGGUGGACUCCAUAGCGAAGACCAGAGACGCGGGCUGCCGGCCCUACAUGGCCCCGGAGAGGAUCGACCCCAGCGCGUCCAGGCAGGGUUACGACGUGCGCUCCGACGUCUGGAGUUUGGGCAUCACCCUGUAUGAACUGGCCACCGGCAGGUUUCCCUACCCCAAGUGGAACAGCGUGUUCGACCAGCUCACACAGGUGGUGAAGGGCGAGCCCCCGCAGCUGAGCAGCUCGGACGAGAGGGAGUUCUCCCCCAAGUUCAUCAACUUUGUUAACCUAUGCCUUACAAAAGACGAGUCAAAAAGGCCGAAGUACAAGGAGCUCCUGAAACACCAGUUCAUCCUGAUGUACGAGGAGCGCUUCGUGGACGUCGCCAGCUAUGUCUGCCGGAUCCUGGAUCAGAUCCCCACCUCUCCCAUGUCCCCCAUGUACGUGGACUGACGAGGGCGUCGGGGAGGGGAGGGGGGGGGGGUCGGUGGUCCCUAAGGCGGGCGUCACACUGCUUGUGCGCGGGACACUUGCGGCCGUCGUCACGACGAUGCGACAUCACUCCUGAGGACUCCGCGCCUCAGUCACGUUCCAAAGAAUGAUACAGGAACACUUCCCAAAUUGCCCGGUGCAAUAAGAUUACUCCCCUUAUUAGAAUGAUACUAUUAUUAUCAUUAUUAUUAUUAUUAUUAUGAUGAAUAAAUGCACACUUAAGUCUCCCCCCCCCCUCCCCCUCGUUUUCCGGUGAUCGUGUCAAAUUAUUCUAGGCACAGAUCCUCCCUCUGGCAAGAACAGAUCCCCAAGAACCCCCUCCUACAGUUAGAGUUCAAUGCCCAUCUCUUCAAGUGAAAAAACAAACACGCAGUGUACACAAUCCUACCAAACAUAAUGUUGACGUGUGCGUAUGAACGAGAAGAGGCCGCCCACUGGAUUGUGUGUGUUUGUGUUGGGGUCCGCCUGGUUAUGUAAAGAUGUAUGUGGUAGACUGGUCUUCUGAACACGCUCCCGUCGUUCUGUUUGCGGGCACCCUCAAUCACGUUCAUUAAAAUGUAUGCAAAAAAAACAACUAUAUAUAUAUAUAAAUAUCUAUAUCUCUGAAAACCGAUGACGUAGAUUCACCGUGGACACAGUCUUGACUUUUCAUAUCGAAGAGCUCAUGGCUAGUGGGUGUGAUCAGCAUGGUUUCGUACAUCAAUGUAAAAUAAUAUGUACAGACAUAGAACAUGUUAAGUCACUAUCCCCCCCCAAACCCCUUCCCUAGUGCUACAAGGCUGAAGGAUCUGUCGAGAGUCGAACCCUGGGCCCUCUUUCACAUAGAUAUCACUCAAUUGAUCACAGCACUGGGCGUUCAAACCAUUGAACACACACACACACACACACACACACACACACACACACACACACACACACACACACACACACACACACACACACACACAGUCUUAAAUAAACCAGCAACCCUCUUUUCACCUGCUUUCCUUCCAUUGUCACAAAUAAGUCCCACCAGUCACUCAGAAUAUUAUUUUAUGUUUUCCAAAUUGCAACGUAACGGUUAUGAGAAUUAAAUCACCAUGGACUUUGUUUUUCGGAGUAACCAAACACUAUACUUCUAAAAUCAACACACACAGGGAAUGCAGAGUUGGUGCUGAAGUCACUGCUAUCACUGGCUGUCAUUGGCUGAGCUCUUGGUGUGAUGUGUCCUGGUUCAGCUGGGUUUGGUGACUCCUCAUAAUGAAAGGGUGGUUGUCUAUGACGUUGGAAAAUGGUGACCAUUAGUGGAUAUAUUUCAGGCUGGAUUUGUAUUCGCUUGUAAACUGAAGAAAUAUCUGGUGAUUUUUUGGGACAAUAUAGCAAUAUACAGAGAUAUAUUGUAGCCUGGAGAAUGAUUCCAUCUGUUAAAAGAACAUGGAAGAAUUGUGGUAGUUAAUUUAUUUUUUAACUUCUGUCACCCUGAUACAAAACAAUGCAAUCUGAGAUGACCCAGAAUCCUCAGAGUGUGCUUGGCUCUCCCUUUCAGAGUGAGCGGACACAGGAAGCCUACCUUUUACAAAUGAUGAAUAUAAAUAUGUCAAAGAAGAGAACAUGUAUAAAUUGCAAGUCACUAGAAUGUUCAUAUUAGAUUAUAAGAUACGGGCGAUGAGUAUUAUAUUGUAUCUUUUAUCAAGGGUAAAAAAAAAAAA